AUGGCUUCAUUCUUACCUGGAAUCUCCACGACUGUAGCAAGGAUCAUCACAGGCGACACACGGCAAGGACACAGCGUUACAGUCAGAGCCAUGAAGCUAUGGUCUGGUACCGUCACACUGGUGAUGGAAGACUCCCAGCUCCACUGCUCUGACCCUGAGGAGAAACCAGCCCCAGAACUGGGUCGUGUUGGUCAGCUGCUGGUUCUCAGGACAGAGGAGUGGGUGAAGAGCACUGCAGACAGACUACGUGUCCUCCUGAAGAAGAUCAUCUCCUGCACAUCAGCCCAUCAGCACUGGAGGGUCCGUCUGGCCUUGGUGGAGCUGGCAGACCUCCUGCUGAGGGCAUGUGGACGGUCUCUGGCAGAGUGUGUGGGCUCUCUUCUGGAUGCGCUGGUCGGGGUCGUCAACGAUGAGGAACCCAGGGUCAGAGAGAGAUGUGAGGUGAUCCUUAGAGAGAUCUCCCAGAGGAGCCAGCAGACCACUGUUAGAGAUGACGGCAGUAAAAGCCUCUCCAAGACCUUCACAGACGUCCUCUCUGAGAACCUCCACUCCCUGUGCACCUCCCUGCCUCGUCUCAUGAGGACUUCAGACGACCAGAAGAAACUCUUUGUUCUCAAUGUGUUUUUGGGAUAUAUCAAACUGCUGGGCCCUUUGGUGUCUGUGGUCCUCACCUCCGCUGCUCAUCUGGAGAGGGUUUCCAAGGCAUUGAUGCAGGUGCUGGAGCUGGAUGUGAUGGACGUCCGGAUCGUGGAGGAGAGGAGCUACACCGACGCCGACUUGGACUCCGGCUGCGGCGCUCACGUGCAGAGGAAGCACUUCUUGUAUUUCACAGACGAGCGAAUCUUGUCUGCGCUCCUGGAGAUCUGCCGUAUGUUAGGUUACUACGGCAACCUCUACCUUCUGACCGACCACUUCCUGGACCUGUACCGGCAGUCGUCCGUGUACAGGAAGCAGGCCGCGAUGGUGCUGAACCAGGUGGUCCGGGGAGCUGCCGGUGUCGCUGUGGCUACAUACGGACAGAGUUUGGACGGGAGGGAUGGAAGCGGAGCAAACGCUGAGGACGACCUGAGGGCAGCAGUGGAAUCCAUCACCGAGGAGUACAUCAGUGUCACCAACUGGCAGAUCGCAACUGUCGGCGAGGACACGGACAGAGACCAACAAGAGCAAAAGCUGCUCAGUCCAUCCAGACUUCUCUCCAUCCCGGACACCGAGAGCUCUCCCUCUCCCACCCCUCUUCAUCUGGUGCCGUUGGGUGCCGCUGCCUCCACCUCAGCGCUACAUCAGCUCAACAGUAACAUCUGGCAGCUCUGCGUCCAGCUCGAGGGCAUCUCCUGUUUCGCUCAGGCGCUGGGCCAGGGCUUCACACCCUUACUGAUGACUUCAUUAUACCCGGUGUUAGAAAAGGCCGGAGAGGAAAACUUGUUAGUGAGCCAGGCGGCGCUGGGCUGCAUGUGGAGCAUCUGCCAGGCGUGUGGACUCCCCUCUCUGAAGGAGCUGAUCAACCAGAACUCUGACUAUCUGCUCAAUGACGUCUCUCUGAACCUGCAGAGGCUCAGGCAGCACCCGCAGGCUCCUCGCGUUCUUGCGGUGAUGCUGACUCACUCGGACCGCUCUCUGCUGCCCCUGGUGGGCGACAUCGUGCAGGACGUGCUCUCAGCUCUGGACCUGAGCUACGACCACACAGCCGCUCUGUUCUGCUCUGUGCUCCACGUGCUGAUUAAGGCCCUGGCAAGGUGGUUUCCUGCCAGUCAGCGCUCCGCCAGAAAGCCGAAUAAAUCCGAGCCCAGACCCACAGAGCAAGAAGAAUUCAACGUGGGCCAAUUCCUGCUGGAUUACAGGAAACAGAAAGAGCUGGCAGAGGGCAUCAACAUCGAGGACGACAUGGAGGACUCUGCAGAUACUGAUGCCCCCCCUGUCUCGGAGCUUGAGGACGUGGAUGAUGUUGAUGGCCCUGAUGUGAAAAAAGAACUUCCUGAUCAUCUGCGGAUCACGAAAGAUGUUAUGGAGCGCUGCGUUCACCUGAUGUCAGACCCGAGCCUCAGAUUACGCCUCAAGGCGCUGGACGUGUUGGAGUUGUGCAUAUCUGUCCUGAGUGAAAUGGAGGAUGAACUUCUUCCAAUGGCCCAUCGCUGCUGGCCCGCUCUCCUGCAGAGGCUGACCGCGGACGACCCACUGGCCGUCCUCAGGGCCUUCAGAGUGCUGUGUGUUCUGGGGGAGAGCUGCGGAGAUUUCCUGAGGAGGCGAGUGUCCAAAGAGGUUCUUCCAAAGCUGAGUGGGUCUCUGCUCCGUCAGGCUCCGGUCAGUGCCAGAGCUGGGCCCGUCUACGCCCACACGCUGGCCUUCAAGCUGCAGCUGGCUGUUCUGGAGGGACUGGGCUCUCUGUGUCGCAGACUGGACCUGGGGGAAGAAGAUCUGGACAAAGUGUGUGAGGCGUGUUUACUGUACCUCAGCUGCAGACAACCAGUGCGACUCCAGGAGGCCAGCCUGAGUGUAUUUCGAAAUUUGAUUCAGGUGGACCCGGACAUGUUCUGGUUUGUCCUCAAUGAACUCCACUGCCCCUGGGACUUCACGCCUCCCCACCCGGACCUGCAGCCUGUGCGCCUCUCUGGGAUGGGACGUCCCAGAGAUGAGUACACAGACAACGUAGUGAAACUGCUCAAGGAGGAGUUUGAGUUACCUUUAGCCUCAUCGCUAAGCUCAUGA